AUGAACGCGCCCCCCGCCUUCAAGUCCUUCCUCCUCUUUGAGGGAGAGAUGAUCACUAUCAAUAAGGACACCAAAGUCCCCAAUGCCUGUUUGUUCACCAUCAACAAGGAGGGCCACACCCUAGGAAACAUCAUCAAAUCACAGUUACUGAAAGACCCACAGGUGCUGUUUGUAGGCUAUAAAGUCCCUCACCCCCUGGAACACAAAAUCAUCAUUCGUGUACAGACCACUCCAGACUACAGCCCUCAGGAAGCUUUCACUCAUGCCAUCACAGAUCUGAUCAGCGAGCUCUGCUUGUUGGAGGAGCGAUUCUAG